UUCAACUGUUGGGUUAAGGUUGCAGUAUUUAUUUCACGUGCAAGUCUGGCAACCCCGGAAAUCAGCUGUAUUUUUGUUUACGAUUUACCUCGUUUUUACAUAACAAAAUUUGAGAUCUCAACCAAUAUUGACUGCUUACUGGACAAAUGGCGCUAUUUGAGCUAAAAUGGCUACGUCGGUGGGUUCGACGCAACACGAAUCCUAUUCCGGAACAUCGGGCGGAGAUGUGGAAAAGGCGUUUGAGCAUCGGGUACGCCAUUCUGGCCUGGCAAGCUUUCGGUCUUGUUUGCUACAUGGUCUACACGGGAAGGAACGAUUGGGCCAAGUACUACGGCUACAAAACAGAGGAGGAACUGGCUCUUUCUCCGGCGCAGCAGUUCGCCAAACAUCUGAAGGUUGAGGGAACCGGUAAAAUCAUCCGAUUCUCGGGUUUCCACAAAGUGGAGGAGGUCCCCUUUGACGCCAGCGAGGUGGAACGGGUCAAGGAGUAACUGGUGGGGCAGUCCUGACUAGUUUUAUUGUAACAUCCUUUUUUUACUAAGCGUGGAACUGGGAUUUACUGCUAUGCUUUCGUAUACCUAGUUUUCAAAUCCUUGCAAAAUAAUAAAAAUGUGUUUUUUUUUUUUAAAUAAAUUUGGUUUAAUUCUGUUGUGCCGGAUUUUAGGUAUAUACCAACUGCGUAAUUCAGUAUUUUCCUAUCUUCCCCGCUGCGGCAUGUCUUGGCGCUCUAGCAACGGUCACACCAAGUGCAGCGAAUGAAAAAAAAAAACAACAAAAAACCAGCGACGCGUUGCCCGCGGACGAGCGGAUUGGCGAUAACAACAAUAACAGAACGUAGCAUAUUGAAUUGCGGUACUAACGGUGGUCGCGCUGUAGCCCCAUAAUUCUCCUGGCAGUCAUAUUUCCUCGAGCUGCAAUUCCAAUCGGAGAUUCAGUGACUUCUAUAAAUAAAACAACAACUCGAAGCGCUGAGCAGCGCAGUUGCAGCCAAUAAGCAGCAUCCAGUGCAAAGUCGUAUUUUUAUUAAUUGUAACAGAAAAACAACAAGAACAAAAAGAAACUAAAUGAAUAUUAAUUGCCCAUCAAGUGGAGGUCAUUGGCGUUCUCGCUCUCUCCCUGCCUGCUUUCGUAUAGUGCCGCUUGCCUCUCUCUUCUAACUGCACUCGCUGUCUGCAAAAUAACGGGACUAACGGCAAGCCAGAAGCAACACCGAAAACAACAACAACAAUUGGCAUUUGCAGAUGGCGGCUGCUUCGUCUAAUUGGAAUUUGUACAAAAACAAAAACCGAAGAAAAAUCAUAGCGAAACAAAAAGAGCCGCAAAUAAUUGCUAAUUAGUUGCAUUUUUUCCAUUGUUGCAAGGCUUCGCUUACGAAUUUCUAAUCAACUAAAAGUCAAAGGUGCAAGUGCUUCACAACACAAACAUACAUAAACAGUGGAGACGGCAACCGAAUAACUCAACAACAAAAUCAGCAAAAAAGGACAAAGGAGAUAAAUAGUCUAGGCGAAGAACCGUUUGAUUGAUUGCCGUGCCUCCUUCUUUCCUCUUUCUACUUUCAUUCUCCUCGGCGCUUCUUCUUUAUAUUCCCCGUGGGACGAAGGAGGACAGGGCACCUCCAGCUCGAAUUCUUCCAAUUCGUCGCACAAGCAGCAGCAGCAGUCCUCCAACAACAACCGCCAAAAGUCCCAGUCGAGCACUUCAUUAAAUACCGCCCACGAGCAGCAGCAACAACAGCAACAGCAGCAGCAACCG